AUGUCAAACUGUUGUAAAGCGAUUGUUGGUGCAGAAAGAGACGGUCGGGCUGUGCGAGCGACCAAGGACUUUGUGGAGAAGGAGUUGAUCCCGCGCUUCGAGAUGGCCAACAUGGAAGCCUUCCUCCAGGAGAUGAGGGGAUUUGCCAAUGCCACCACGCAAGCGGUGACACGGCUGUCCGAGAAGAAGCCAGGUGGAACCCUGGAAACGAUAGAUGCCAGGACACUUCAGAAGCCUGAAGUGUGGAGACCGAAGGACCACGAUGAUGAGAUGAAUGGGUGGCCAGAGUGGUCAUUCCUUUUCAAAACAUUCAUGGGAAUGUUGGACGCGGACUACGAGCAGGACCUUGACCUCGUGGAGAACGACCUCAAGAAGGAGUUGAAGCUUGAGGACUACGGCGAGGACUACCGAGUGAGAGCGCGGAGACUCUACAGCUACUUGGUGUCCUACGUGAAGGGAAGACCGCUCAGGAUUGUCAGGGCGGUGACCACGAGCGACGGCUACAAGGCUUGGCAACACCUUUGCCGGGAGUUUCAACCAAAGACACGGCAGAGGACCCUUUGCAUGUUGCAGGCAAUCACUCAGUUUCCUGCCUUCGAGAAGGGCAAGAGCUUGGAAGGGCUGCUGGUGCUGGAGAAGUUAGUGGAGGACUAUGAGCGGUUCAGUGAGGAGAAGUUGAAUAACGACUUGAAAGUGGCUACGUUGAUCAGGUGCUGCCCUCAGGUUCUACGACAGCACUUGGAGCUCACCCUCACCAAGGAGACGGACUACGCAACGAUCCGACAAGCCCUUACCGACUUCGAGCAGACGAGAUCGGCAUGGACUACGGAGAAGGUUUUGAAGCAAGCUCAGGAGUUUGCCAACCAGGACGACCCCAUGGACGUGGAUUGCUGGGACAACGACAAGAAGGUCAGAAUGGUUGAGGAAGAGCAUAGCUCACCUUCAGUGUCUUCGUCGACCUCUACGACCUCUACGUCUCCAAGUACUACCUUGAGGACUCCUGGGAUGGUGCGGCGUGUGACUUGUGCCAUCAAGAAGUUGGUGACACCUCCAGGGAUGGUUCCCUGUGACAUCUACGACUUGGCCGAGGAAGAUGAUGAUGUAGCUGGUGAUGACAGCCCUUUGAAUGAGUUGAUUGAGGAGUACAACGUCUUUGCCAUUGUCGAGGACAACGUCCCUGAAGAGCAGGCCAAGUCUGUGGAGUUCCAAGCCAUUUUGGACCUUGGAGCUGAUGUCUCAGUUUUGCCACUGAAGUUUGACAAGUUCGCAGAAGUGACCAACGAUAGAUACCAGGCCUUGUUGCGCGACGCGCAGGGCAACUUGAUCAAGAACUAUGGCAGAGUCUACUUGACGAUGCUUGUGGAGACUGAAGAUGGAGAGGUGAUCGGCUUAAAAGAGACGUUUGUGCUGGCCAAUGUGAAGCAGCCGUUGGUAGCAGUUGGGAAACGGCUGAAGAAAGGUUGGAUGAUUCAACCUCGAGAAGAACAAGGACAAGCUCACUACUUGGCAAUUGGUCUACGAAGGAUCCCUUUGGUGUGGAAGGGAAACUCUUUGGCGUUCACCUUUGCGACCAAGGUCUUGGAGGUGAACUUCGUGGUCGAGCUGGGCACUGAGUUGGAGGAGUUGGCCAAGGAGAGAGGAUCUUGGGUGAUGGAAGAUGGGACACCCGCCUACAUCCUGAAGCGUGGCUCUACGUUUCAGGAACCUACUGUGCCGUUUGUCAUGGACAACUACCCCUACAGGACUACGUUGGUGAAGCUGGAGGAUGACCAAUGGCAUUGUGUCGAGUAUUGA